AAGCCUCACUUUGAUGCACCUCGAAUACUUGCACCGAUCGACUGGCUCGGCUAGCACGUCAGAUGAGGUGCUAGCGAGCGUCUCAGAUACAUGCCCAAAAUGAGGCGCCGAAGAGUCGAGAAAGUCGAGCGGCAAAUGAAUCUAAGUGGUUGAGUAUCUUGGUCUCCUCGUUGCAAGCUUUCUCAAGAUACCUGCAAGCACACGGGGCUCAAGUUAGAGCAGCUACAAUGACGGCGAGAGGCCCACGUCUUCGACGCUGAUUCGCCGAUGGAGUGUGAUGUUGCCGGUGAUCACAGCGUGAGGGCACUGUAGCCCAAUGCGUCGCCGUUGUGUCUUCGGCUAUGCAUGCUCUCCACUGCUCACUCGCUUCCUCUGAGCACUACGAGGUGAAGUCGAAUCUGGUUGUUGGGCGAGCGGCCCGCAUCAUCUGCCUCUCUACGUUUGGAGUGCGUCCCUUCGAAGUUCCUGAUAACGACGACUCUGACGGCAUGCAUGUGACGCCCGGCUGUGAUGUGUGCCGGGACUAUCACACCAUUCCUGGCUUUCGAAACACAUUCGCCAACAACAAUCGCAACGAAAACUAGUGCGAAGGAAUGGAAUAGAGGGCGUCAAAGCCGACAAGAUCGAGCACGUCAAAGACCGCGCUUUCGGCAGAUUGCUUUCGCU